GCGGGCACUGGGUCAGACAUUGGAUCGUCUGACUGGACAGCGGGCACUGGGUCACCAGGCAUCAGGUCAUUUGGCUCGACAGCGGGCACCGCGUCAUCUGGCAAGGCAGUGGGCUCCGAGUCAACAGGCACGACAGUGAGAACCGGGGCAUCAGGUACCGGAUUGUCUGGCUCGACAGCGGGCAUCGGGUCACCAGGUAUGACAGCGGGCACUGGGUCACCAGGCAUCAGGUCAUUUGGCUUGUCAGCGGGCACCGCGUCAUCUGGCAAGGCAGUGGGCUCCGAGUCAACUGGUAUGACCGCGGGCACUGGGUCAGACAUUGGAUCGUCUGACUGGACAGCGGGCACUGGGUCACCAGGCAUCAGGUCAUUUGGCUCGACAGCGGGCACCGCGUCAUCUGGCAAGGCAGUGGGCUCCGAGUCAACAGGCACGACAUUGAGCACCGGGGCAUCAGGUCCGGAUUGUCUGGAUCAACAGCGGGCAUCGAGUCAACUGGCCUAAUAAUCGUCGGGCUGGAUCAGCCGAGUACAGGCAUCAGGCGAGUACAGGCAUCAGGCCGAGUACAGGCAUCAGGCCGAGG